AUGUAUAGAAAUAAUUUUGUGAUACUGUUUGGUAUCAUAUUGCUCAGUAUGUAUGUUUGUCAGAGUAAUGGUCAAGGUAUUUCAUUUCAAGGUAGCUCUGCAGGUGGUAAGCCAGGUAAUGUAACCAGAGAUACGCUAAAGGGUCUAUAUACUUCAGCGGGAACAAUGAACCUUAGAAAUAAAGCUAGAUACGAUUGGACUUGGUGCAGAUUACACAUUAGAGAUGAAGUAACAAAAUACAGUGGUUACGCCGAUUUCCAUCCAAGAGUAGAUGAAUUUACAACUCUUAGAGUACCAUAUCUUGGAUAUGCAGCACUUUUCAAUCCAGGAGCAACCAUUUGGUUAGAAUUUUUAUCGAAUGUAUCAACUACCAACUUUAUCUAUAACAAUGUGACCAAUACAUAUCCAUGUCCAGCCGAUGGAGCAACCAAUCCAAAUCCACCACCACCCGAAGGUGUGUGUAAUGUCACUGGAACAACAGAGUACACUAUCACCCAGUUGGUACAAUCGAACUUUACCACCUACGGUAAUAUGACUUUGCAACCAAAACGUGUUGCCUAUAUCAAGCCAAACGGAAACCUCGCAGCAGUUCCUUACAUGGUCAAUACAUUCACUGUUGUUGCCACCGUCGACAAGGGUGAGCUGAUCAACGUCGAGUGGGAUGGCGAUCGUGACAAGAGUAUCUGCAAGCAAUGCGAGUAUUGCAUACAGAACCAAUGCGCAGUCAGAAGAUCGACAAUGAAGUGCGACGGUGACGAGUACGACAUCAACGAGGUCGAUACCAACCAGAAGGGAUGUACACUCAAGAUUUUCCUGGCGUGGAAAGGAACCGACAGUAAGAACAAACCAUGCAUCAGUAUCUCAAAGGCACCAUCCAACUUUUCGAAAUAUUCAUUCUACUCGAUUUCACAAAUGGGUCUUGGACUUGUCAAUGAUUUCUUACAACGUGUCGUUGGAAAUACCAACAAUCCAAAUACAGCUUAA